AAUUUUUGAAAUGUGAUUGAAUCAUGUGCCUACGUGCAAGAAUUCGACCGUUGCAAUCCCUUGCUUUUUCUUUUCCCCUCGCCUGCAUCAUCGUCGUUGUGUCCGUCUCUCUCUCAACUGUUUUCUCUCACUCCAUUUUUCCAUCUCUCUCUCUCUCUCUCUCUCUCUCUCUCUCCAAUGGGGAUCGUUGCAGACGCACAACCGCAGGAGAAGGCUUCUUCAGAGAUUUCGACGAUGGAGAAAAAGAGAUGGACGCUCAAUGACUUCGACAUUGGAAAGCCUCUAGGACGAGGAAAGUUUGGUCAUGUUUAUCUGGCAAGAGAAAAGAGGAGCAAUCAUAUAGUGGCUUUGAAGGUGCUCUUUAAGAGCCAACUUCAACAAUCUCAAGUUGAACAUCAGCUUCGUAGAGAAGUUGAAAUACAAAGCCAUCUUAGGCAUCCCAACAUUCUGCGUCUCUAUGGUUAUUUCUACGAUCAGAAACGGGUUUAUUUGGUAUUAGAAUAUGCAGCAAAAGGUGAGCUGUACAAGGAACUACAGAAGUGUAAAUACUUUAGUGAAAGGCGUGCUGCCACUUAUGUUGCAUCACUAGCUCGAGCUCUCAUUUAUUGUCAUGGAAAGCAUGUAAUACACAGAGACAUUAAGCCAGAGAACCUCCUGAUCGGUGUUGAGGGUGAGCUGAAGAUUGCAGAUUUCGGAUGGUCGGUUCACACAUUUAAUCGCAGAAGGACCAUGUGUGGCACUCUGGAUUACCUCCCUCCUGAGAUGGUGGAAAGUGUAGAGCAUGAUGCAAGUGUGGAUAUCUGGAGCCUAGGUGUUUUGUGCUAUGAAUUUCUUUAUGGGGUCCCUCCUUUUGAGGCCAGGGAACACUCAGACACCUACAGAAGGAUAGUGCAAGUCGAUCUGAAGUUCCCUCCGAAACCAAUUGUCUCUUCACCUGCAAAGGAUCUUAUUAGUCAGAUGCUUGUCAAGGAUUCUUCACAACGCCUGCCUCUACAUAAGCUUCUUGAGCAUCCAUGGAUUGUUCAAAAUGCAGAUCCAUCUGGCGUCUAUAGGAGUUAAUCAUUGCUUGGGGUUGUUGAUGAAGCUGUUAUCCAGAGUCAACAACUCUGCAUUUUUUUUUUACUCAAAUGGCUAUAUGCAAUCCAACAUUGUUAUAAGCCAAUAUCUACUUUAGUUGAUAUAUAAACCCAUGGAUCUAACGGUGGAAAUUUAAUGCAUAUGCAUAUGUGAUGUAUCAUAUCAAAAGCCCUGUAGUAAUGAAGGAAACCAUUUAUUUUGGUGAA